CCUAUUAUCGCUUUGUCGUCCUCUUCUUUAACUGCCUGCUGACAUUUGGUUCCUACUUCUGCUUUGACAUYCCCAGUGUUUUACAGGAUCAGUUUCAAGGAAACCUUACAUGUCCCAAUGUGACACUAAUCAAUGGGACUGUGGACUGUGUGGAGGGACUGGGGAUGACCCCUCAGCAGUAUAAUCUCCUCUAUGCCAUCUAUGCUUGGACAAACGCAGUGGUGGUAAUCAUGGCUGGAUUCCUCAUUGACAAAUUAGGAAAUCGCUUUGGGGUGUUUCUGUUCUCUUUCCUGUGUGUUUUGGGCUCAUCCCUGUUCGCCCUGGGUUCCCACUUCAAAGGAACUCCCUAUCUUCUUCCACUCAUGCUCACAGGCCGUUUGUUGUUUGGAUCAGGCAAUGGAUCUUUGACCAUCGUACAGAACCGCAUCACAGCCUUCUGGUUUAAAGGGAAGGAGCUGGCUUUGGCUUUCGGUCUGACUCUGGCCUUUUCUCGUCUGGGUUCAGUCCUGAACUUCUUCCUYACUGAGAGGUUUGAAGUCAAAUAUGGCAUGCAGUUGACACUUUUGGGUGGAGCGCUGCUGUGUGUUCUCGGCUUCGUUUCUGCCAUCAUAGUGAGCGUCUUAGACAAGGUUGGAAUGAAGCAGCUGGGCCUGGAUGGAGCCAUCCAGGAGGAGUCCCGGAAAGUGAGGAUUCAGGAUGUGAGGCUUCUGUCGCUGCGAUACUGGCUGCUGGUUCUUACCAUCAUGUUCUUCUACAACAGCAUUUUCCCAUUCAUCGCAGAUGCCAGCAAGUUCAUCAAGGAUAAAUAUGGCGACUACACUCAGAAGGAGGCAGCCUACAUCGCAGGUGCCGUGUAUGACAGUUCUCUGGUCCUCUCAGCCACUGUGGGCAUUCUCAUAGAUUAUGUGGGCCUGCGGGGUGUUUUUGCACUAGCUUGUGCCAUCCUCACGCUGCCUGUGUUCGGACUCCUGGCCUUCACCUUCGUCCCUCCGUUGGUCGCCACCAUUUGGCUCGGAGUCACGUACUCCUUUGCUGCUGCCAGCAUGUGGCCCUCGAUUCCCCUCGUAGUUCCUCAGGCCACCUUAGGAACAGCCAUGGGCCUGGCCACCUCCAUACAGAUGGUGGGGAUCGGAGUGUCCAAUCUGGUCGUGGGACACAUUUUAGGCACCACGUCCGGUGAAACUAAGAUCCCAUUGUGGCGCUGGCAGAGGAUGAUGAUCUUUAUGUUGGCAAACACCAUCAGCUGCAUCGUCACAGCGGUGUUUCUCAACGUUGUGGAUCACAGACAGGGUGGAACUCUGAACAAGACAACCAAAAGGUCAGAACAGAGCCAGAGAGGCACGGAGCGUGAGUUCCUCCUCAGCAGGGAGGAAGAGAAGGAGCAGGAUGAGAACAGGGAUGAUGCUGCUGGAUCUAUCAAUUCAUGAGCUUUAAUCCUUUUUUUUUCUUUCUUUUUUUUUAAAUUGUACUUUUAAGUGAGUUUACCUUCAGUCUCAAAUGAAAAAAAAAAGAGCUGCUGACUGGUCUGA